AUGGAAGCAGCAAAGGAAGGAGGCGUUGUGAAGAAAGGGCACGAAGAGGGAUUGAAAAUGGCGACCUCUCUUCUCCAAGAGUUCGAACUCCCAUUGGGACUUCUCCCUCUAGCCAACGUGAUCGAAGUAGGGUACGUGAAAGACACAGGGUACAUGUGGAUUGUGCAGAAGAAGAAGGUGGAGCACGAGUUCAAGAUGAUCAGCAAGAUGGUUAGCUAUCACACUGAGAUAACCGGCCACAUUGAGAAGAAGAGGAUCAAGAAGCUCAAGGGAGUGAAGGCUAAGGAGCUCAUGCUCUGGCCUCCCGUCAGUGAGAUCACCGUUGACGAUCCACCUACUGGGAAGAUUCACUUCAAGAGUCUUGCUGGAAUCACCAAGACUUUCCCUGUUGACGCAUUUGCUGCUGGCCAGUGA